AUGGAAAUUGAGAAAGUAAUUGGAUUUGAUGGAACGAUCGUAAGGGGCCUCAAGUGUCACCCUGAUGGCUACCACAUCGUAUACGCAGUGGGCAACAUGGUAGUUAUAGAGCAUACCGAGACGAGAUGUCAAUCAUUCCUUCAGUACAAUAAGGACGACUGCGAGUACCACAAAAUUAGGAUUUCCUGUUUAGAUCUUUCCAAAAGUGGUAUUUACAUUGCUGUUGGUACUGUUAAUAAGUCCAUCUCACAGUCGGACAUUUUGAUUUGGUGUUUCGCCGACAGAACGUUGUAUGCUAAAUACAGUGCACACAGAAUCGAGGUGGCAACGUUAAUGUUCAGCUGCUGCGAUAAAUACCUCUACUCAAUUGGCGGAGCAGACGAUAGACUGCUAAUUUGUUCGUCUGACGAGUUGGGCUAUGCUGGUACGUCAAGCGGUGACAUUGUAAUCUUCAAUAUGAACACCUGCGCCCAUCUGACCACAGUGCUCAGAAAGACGCCGUUUUGUUGUGGCCUGACACAGCUGUCGUUGAACCAGGCCACUAAGGAGUUCAUUGUUGGCGGAGGUGAUGGUACUCUGGCGCGUGAAAAGAUGUUAGAAGGAAAGAUCACAUCAAUUGUCUCAAGGUCAGGGUCAACUUAUGAGUACUUCAUUGGGACAGAUGCAGGUAAUGUGUACAAAAUCAACUUCAUAACCGCAUUCAAGUGCUCGCUGGCGAAGACAUCUCACAUGUCAGUCGUCAAUGACUUCUGCCAGCCAUACGGGAAUUCCGACCUGUUGGUGAGCGGAUCGCACGAGCAGGUCAGAGUGUGGUCGAUGAGGGAAUGUAAAGAGUUGGUGCGCAUGACCGUCCCCAAUCAUACAUGCCUCGUGGUGCAUGUUCUCAAGGAUGGCAGUUGGAGCGACAGUCGAAUCAGGGCUUACUACCCCGAGUCUGGUCAACCCAUGUUCCUCAUCAACAAUUCUUACGGAUCGAAAGUUACAGCCCUAACCGCAACUUCAUCGGCCACUGGUAGUAGUAGUAGUAGUAAAGGUGGUGUUAGUAGUAGUAUUUGUAAGAGGGUUAUUAGCGGAAGUAAUCUUGGUCACGUGGUCAUCUGGAAUGUGCCCGCCAUUUGCGCGAAUAUGGAGUUUGUCUACAUCACUGAUCACGUGCUUCUGAAGCAGCACAGGGCUCCCGUCACUGCAGUUAAGAUUAGGACUAGAAAUGUGCUUUUGGAGGGGCGGGAAUGUUGCGAAGAGAUUGAUGAGAUCGUGUCAUGUUCGUUAGACGGCACGCUGAUACUCUGGGAUCUGAGCAAGAAACUACCGAAAACCUCGAUAAAAACGAACCACACCAUGUUUAAAGAUUUGGUAUUCCAUCCAGUCUGCCAGCAGUUUGUGGUAGCCACAGGAAGCGGUGGUCGUCUAAGCUACUUCGAUGUGGUGACUACCGGUUCGCUCAUGUUUCAGACGGAUGACUGUGGAGUGAAGUGUGACAUCAACUGUCUGGAUGUCGACUGUCUGGGAGAGUUUCUAGUUACUGGAGAUGAUAAUAAGAUGGUUAAGAUAUGGAGAUACGGAGACGGCGAGAUGGUUUUCAAAGGUUGCGGACACAGCACCCCAGUUUCCAGAGUUCGAUUCACUCCUGACCGUAAGAACAUCAUCAGCUCCGGUACCGACGGUUCUAUAUUCGCCUGGAUAUUCGAUCCGAGUAUUUUAUAUCCGGAAUGCCAGCAGAAAGAAGGGAAUAAGGAAGUUUGUGGCGGUGAUGAUGGGAGUAGACAGCUGCAACAGCUGCAGCUGCAACCAGCUGGUGGCAAGCUUGGUCAAGGUGACGCCUGCCAUCUCUAA